AUGGAAGAUCGGGAUAACGCCACCACAGUGACUGAGUUUGUGCUCGGGGGCUUCCCCAGACAGCCCCAAGUGCGUGCUGCCUUGUUCGUCCUCUUCUUGGUCAUGUACGCAGUCGCCAUUGCUGGGAAUGGUCUCAUUCUGGUGCUGAUUGCGGUGGAUUCUCACCUCCACACACCCAUGUAUUUCUUCCUCAGCAACCUGUCCUUCAUCGACGUCUGCUUUAUCUCUAACUCCGUCCCACAGAUGCUGGCACUCUGCUUCACAGACAGGCGCACUGUUUCCUUUGGCAGGUGCUUUGCACAAAUCAACAUCGCUCUUUUUUUGGCAACAGCUGAGUGCCUCUUACUGGCAGUCAUGGCUUACGACCGCUUUGUGGCAAUUUGCAGCCCUCUACACUACAGUUUACUUAUGAGCCAAAAGGUGUGCCUGAUAGUGACAGUCAGCCUGUGGGUCAGCGCUUUCUUCUUGACCAUUGUACCCUUUUUUAGCAUGCCAACACUGCAUUUCUGUGGCCACAAUGUGGUGAAUCAUUUUGUAUGUGAGCUCCAGGCAGUGUUGAAAUUGGCCUGCUCUGACACUUACACCACUGGUCUUAUCAUAAUGAUAACAAGUACGUUAACUCUUGUGUUCCCCUUUGCCUUCAUCCUGGUGACGUAUGGGCGCAUUGGUCUGGCUGUCCUGAGCAUCCGCUCAGCCCAAGGCCAGGGGAAGGCUUUAUCAACCUGUGGCUCUCAUUUGGCUGUGGUGGGCGUUUUUUAUGGCACUACCUUGGCCAUUUACCUGAGGCCUCAGAACAAAAUGUUCUCAAACAGAGAAAAGGUAGUGGGUGCUUUUUAUGGAGUUGUCACUCCAAUGCUCAAUCCCUUGAUCUACAGCCUGAGAAACAGGGAUGUGAAGGGAGCCUUAUGGAGGCUGAUGGGCAGGAAACUAGAGGAAUAA